AUGGCAUUGAAGCAGACACUCCAGUCAAAGUAUAAGCUCCUGUCGGGUCAUGAGAUUCCGAUUCUUGGAUACGGAGUCUACAUGAUCCCGCCCUCUACAACCGAGAAGACAACAGCUGAAGCUCUGAAACUCGGCUUCCGCCAUGUCGACUCAGCAAUUAUGUACCGCAAUGAGAAGCCCUGUGAAUCAAUGGGCUACGACAGCACCAAGCAAGCUAUCGAGUCUAGUCUCCAGCAGGCUGCCCAGCAGUACUUUGAUCUGAUCCUGAUCCAUGCCCCCUACGGCGGCAAGACAGCUCGCCUCGGCUCCUGGCGCGCCCUCGUCGAGGCCCAGAAAGCCGGGAAGGCACGGUCCAUCGGCGUCUCGAACUAUGGCCUCCACCAUCUGAAGGAGCUGGAGGAAUACAUCCAGGGCGGCGGCGGCGGCGAGAUCAGUGUGGGGCAGUACGAGCUGCAUCCGUGGUUGGACCACUCUGAUAUUACUGAGUGGUUGCAGUCUCGGGGGAUCGUGGUAGAGGCGUACUCGCCUCUUGCGCAUGGCACGCGGUUCCGGGAGCCUGUGUUGCAGACGAUUGGGAAGAAAUAUAAUAAGUCGCCGGCGCAGGUAUUGAUUCGAUGGAGUCUGCAGAUGGGAUUUGUUCCAUUGCCUAAGUCUGUCACGCCGCAGCGCAUCAAGGAGAAUACGGAGGUAUUUGAUUUUGAGCUUUCGGCGGAGGAUAUGAAGCAGCUUGACACGGGCGAGUAUUCGCCGACGGACUGGGAUCCGACUGUGGAUGAGGAUUAG